AUGCUUACUUUUACCGACAAUAUCUCUCAAAGGAUCCAAAGGCAACCCUCCAAGAUUGUGAUUACAAUCGUUGGUGGUGGUAAUUGCAGUCAUAUCAUGGCCGGACUUUUCGGUUCUAACCCUAAUUAUGAGGUGCGACUUUUAACCCGACGUCCAAAGGAAUGGAAUUCCCAAAUCACGGUGGAAUUUAAGUUAAACAAACCCAAGGUUAUUGGUAAAAUUGCGAAAAUUUCCAGUGAUCCCUUGAAGGUAAUUCCGGGAUCCCAGUGGAUUAUCAUUUCUUCUCCGGUUUCCGCCCAUCUUGACAUCUUACGUAAUAUCGCCCCUUUCGUAUCUCCCGGCUCUUACCUCGGAACCAUCUUUGCUCAAGGUGGUUUUCAAUACAAAGUCAAACAAGCCUUCAACGAAGUUAGAAAGAAUGUCAGCGACAUUAUCGUGUUUGGAUGUCAGUACAUUCCUUGGGCUUGUCGGACCAAAACUUACGGGAAAUGUGCCGUUCUGUUAGGUCACAAACAGUAUCUAUUCGUGGCGAAAUUACCAACAAAAUGUCCGAAAGCUUCCAAGUUUUACGUCGAAAUGAAACAACUGUUUUCUAUCCCGGUGCGACCAAUAUCUAAUUUCCUCUCGAUUACCCUGACACCCUCAAAUCAAAUCAUUCAUCCGGCCAGAAUGUUUGGAUUGUUUGGUAAAGAUUUCAAAGAUGAUAAGGACAACGACGUGUUAUAUAAACGGGAACCUUACUUUUAUGGGGAAUUGGAUGAUAGGUCGACAGAUCUCAUGCAACGUCAAUCAAACGAGUUACAGGCGUUGAAGAACGAAUCAAUAUCUCGUCACCCUGAUUUGGACUUAAGCAGCGUCAUGGAUUUAAAAGAGAGGAUCGUGGAGAUGUAUGCAGCGGAAGUUGGUGACACGUCUACCCUUCGAAGCACCAUCCGUACCAACGUAGGAUGGACUCAACUUAAAUGUCCGAUGGUUCCAAUCUAUUCAUCAGAUAAAUUGGAUUCAUCGUCACCAUCAUGUCCGAUCGAACCAAGAGACAAGUCAAAGGGUGUGAUCUUGAAAGGUUACAAACCAGAUUUCUCGACGAGAUACAUGUGGGAUGACAUACCUUACGGUUUGGUCGUGCUUCGAUCCGUUGCUAGUUUACUCGACGUUGAAGUUCCAUGCAUUGAUGAAGUUUUGUACUGGGGUCAAAGUGUUAUGGGUAAAGAAUAUUUGGUCGAUGGUGAAUUGAUCGGAAAAGAUAUUCAUGAAACCGGUGCCGUAUCUAACUUUGGCAUUUUAUCACCCGAAGAAUUGUUUGAAUGA